UCCUUUCCUGUGCUUAUCCUUUCGGUGUCAGGUCAGCUCGAGUGCACGUAUCCUUGAAGGGUAACUGCACAUGAAUCUGUUUAAUGUGAUAAAAAAUAUUCCAUUCUGAUUAAUUCGAGUUAUGAUAUCAUCGAGAAGACUGUAAUGGACUCGGCUAUUCCAAGCACCAGCCGGAGAUGCCGCCUCUCGCUGUCGAAAAAAUUCAGCGACACAGGCGAGGACACAGCAGUCAAAUCAACUGGUUCAUCAAAGAGUAUGCAGGAUUCAACAUCUGAAAUUAUGCAAAUUCUCUCACAAAAUCCAUUUCGAAUAACCGGACGAACUCUCUCGGAAGAACACGAUAUCUUGUCCCAAGCACCAGAUGCGGUGUCAGUUUCAUCUAAAGAAGUGGACACAAAAAGCAACAUUAUGGGUCUGCAAUCGGUAAUUUCCGUUAGCAGUGGAAGUGACAGGGAAGCCAGUCCAACGCCAAAGAAAAGCACAAUCCAGGAGUUCUUCACCCCAAAAGAUUCAAAGGUUUCCGUUUUGGGCGCUAGCACUCCCAACGUAAGAACGACCCGCAAAUCAUCCUCGCGCAAGGAGAAUUUUUCAUGUAGCGCAGAUCCUAAGAAGGUGAAGAAAGUUCGACGGCAAAUAUGUAAAAGCAGCAACAUUAAGAUGCUAACCAACAAAUAUUUUGACGAUUCUCAAAAGAGAAUCACAAGCUUUUUCUCGAAGACGGAUGAAGACCCUGAUAGAGUUGGUUAUCAUCGAGUGCUAAAAUCGUCCGUCAUGCCAGCCAUCAAUACGGGCGACGAGAAUAUGGAGAAGUUCUUGUCAGUGGAUAUCAAAGUCGGUUCUCAACCGUUAAAUGAAUCCCAAAUACAGGGCCCCUCCAUGGAAUCAGUUUCCGACGAUCCUGGGAAAAUCAUGGAAAGAAUAGAAAAAGCUCAAAGUGCCUUAUACGAUCGAAAAGUGGAAGAUUGGAACAUGGAGUUGAAUGUCAUGCCGAUUACUGUAAACUCACCCGCUAUGGAAGAAGCCGUCGACUCCGGUUUCUCCGAGAUAAAAACACCUGGCCAACAACGAACGAAAACAUCUGCAUCCAUGAAGCGGAAAUCCGUACCGGCCAAAUCUACAUCGAAGAAGGCUCGGCCAGCGAAAACACCAGCCACAGUGCGGAAGCGGAAAAUUGUCUGCCCACAGUACAAGGUCAUCGCAGGAACCAAUUUCGCGGUGGAUGCGUUCAGAUACGGGGACAUAGAAGGCGUCUCGCAUUACUUUCUGACGCACUAUCAUGCCGAUCACUAUAUCGGUUUGAAGAAGAGCUUCGCAAUGCCACUUAUAAUGUCGCCAGUAACAUCCCGAUUGGUGAAGGCCUUCAUCAAUGUUUCUGAGGAGUAUUAUCAGUUGAUUGAGUUGCAUGAGACCAUCACCAUCGAUGAUGUGCGAAUUACGGCGUUGGAUGCUAACCACUGUCCCGGUGCGGUCAUGUUCCUGUUCCAGUUACCCACUGGAACCAACAUUCUUCACACCGGUGAUUUUCGAGCCAGUGCGGAUAUGGAAGAAUAUCCCGAGUUUUGGAACGUUGACAUUAAUAGCCUCUAUCUCGACACAACCUACUUGUCUACGAAGUAUGCCUUCAAGUCACAGUUUGAAAGCAUUACGGAUGCAUGUGACGUAGUGCGAAGGGUGCUAAAUCGGAACAUUGGAGCGCGUGUGCUGAUUGUGUGCGGAAGCUACUUGAUUGGUAAGGAGAAAGUAUGGACCGAGUUGGCAGUGCAGUUCAACUUCAAAGUGUGGACAGAGCCAAACCGGCGGAAAGCGUUGGCAGCGAUCAAUGAUAAGGUUCAGCAGCAGCAGCUGGUGGAUGACCCUCAGAUGGCCGAAAUUCAUGUGCUAGGAAUGAACAAAGUUUCUUAUGAUGAACUGAUAAAGCAUGUCGAACAGUUUCCGGAUCGGUACGAUCUGCUCAUCGCCCUACGCCCGAGCGGUUGGGAGAAAAACAGUCGACCGCAGUAUCGGGGAUUCAUCAACAUAAUAGGUGUUGAGUAUUCAGAGCACAGUAGUGUAGAUGAAUUGAGACGGUUCGUGCGGUUUCUCCGACCCCAGGAGGUAAUCAGUACGGUUCCCUAUGGCGCUUCCAACCAGAACAGGACCCCUCAGGUUCCUCCGAGCUGGUAUCGGGGGGACAUUCGGCCCGAGCGUCAGGCUCUACAGCUAUCGAUGACCUCGUUCGUUCAGGUGGGUUCGAAGACGUCCGAACCUCGAAAACAGCCGAGAACAGUUGCUGAGAAGCCCACACAUAAAAAGGAUGAUGACGAUUGUACAAUAAUUUCGAGUGGUUCUGAAGAAUUGUUGGUAUGUAUGCAAAGCGAGAAAGUGAUAGAAGAGGCAAGUCCUGCCGAAACUGUGCAUUCCGAAGAAGGUGAACAGGAUGAUGAUUCGGAUAGCGACUGGAUGCCAUGAAUUCCAUUGUGAUGUGAGAAUGUAUUAAAAAAUCGUUAAAUUUUUAUAUUCUAUCGUUUUUAAAAACUUCGAGGGUUUUUUAUUAUAACUUUAUACAAGAAGCAGGCGAGCACUAUAAGUGCACGUGACUGCUUGUGCGAUAUGCAAGCCAAAGUACAAUAUAAAUGUUUAAUUUUUUGUUGAUGACAUAUCCUUGAAUCUGAUCAUAAAAGAUAUUAAAAUUUAAAAA